GUGGAUUUCAGUAAGGUGCAGCUGCAUUUGUGGAAAUCUAAAGCAGUACUAUUGAAAUGCAGGUAUGGAGCUGACAGCAGCCAUCUUCAUCUUGGUGUUGGCAUCUAGACUCCAGCCCACUGCAGGUGUUGGCCAUGAUCCAUUGCUUGUUGUGGACGAUUAUAAGGAUGGAGGCAUUCGACUCAAAUGUUUAUCUGAAAGGUUGUUUUCUGAAGCUCAACUGUUGUGGACAAACAGUAGAGGAGACAACAUCACAGGAACUCCUCUUUCUGCUGACACCAGCACUGCCACUGUCAGCAGCUCCAUCAUUCUCAAAGCAGGAUCUGGAAACUCUGCGUCCUGCAAAAUUAUAGAUAAACAACUGAAAACAUCAACAGAAUCUUCAGUUGCCAUUGCAGAUGCCUUCUUUCCUUCCACCUCCCCUUGGCUGGCGGCUUUUGUUGUGAUCCUGCUCCUGAGCAUAUUCCUGGUCCUCGCUGCAUUUUAUAAAAUCAGAAAUAACAACAAGGAAAUCACUCGUGCAGAAAAAGCACGAGAGCAAAUUCAACAAGACAUAGAUAAACUCAAACAGAAAUUGGAAGAGCAAAAGACAAGAUUUCAGAAGGAAAAUGAGGAUGCAAAGAAAAGAAUUGAAAACAUCCGGAAUGAACUCAAGUUCAGGAAAGCUCGUAGCAACGCAGUUAAUAUCACUUUGGAUCAGAAAUGCAGACACCCCAACCUCUGCAUUAGUAAUGACAACAGGAGGGUAAAGUCCUCAAACAAGACAGAGACAGCCCUCAAAGCGAUGGUGGUAGCUACUGAAGGUUUUCCAGGCGAAAAACAUUACUGGGAAGUGGAGGUGGGGAAUCAAUCACAAUGGGAGCUGGGAGUGGUGAGUGAGAAAAUUAGGAAUAUGAUACUGAACAGCACAGGGAAUUCAUUCCCAGAUAAUAAUUUAUUCAGUCUACAGUAUUCUCAGGGAAAAUACAUACUAACUGGUGGGGAGGAUGUAAGUGAUUGUAAACAGUGCAGUGUGGUGGGUGUUCUCCUGGAUGUGGAAAAUUCUGAGCUUUCGUUCUACAAUGUUGAAGAAAUGAGCCCUCUUGGGUCUGUCUACUUUGAGUUUACUGGGAAAAAAUAUCCAUUCUUCAGUCCAGACUCGAGUGGCAAGUGGCUGGGGGUACGACCUGUAAAACCACAGACCUACGACUCUCUUCCAUAG